AGUCACUUGCACUACAAAGCUUGGAUUUUUUUUAUUUUUAUUUUUUUUUACAAAAAAUAAUCUAAUUAUAUUUAUGGACAGUAAUUAUAAAUUUAUUAAUUUGGUUGAUCCAUCUAAAUGUAGUGCUAAAAUUAAAGAAAAAUUCGCCAAGCUAACUCUAUCCUCUAACAAAAAGAAACAAGUCGAAUCCGAAAUGCCACAAGAAAUCCAUGAAAAUAUCGUAAGUAAACGAAUAAGUAGAAAUUUAUUAAGUGAUUUACUUACUGACGAUGAAUCUGAUAAAGAUGAUCAAAAGAAAUCUCCGAUAAGAAAUUUAUUAACCCGAACAGAUUCGUCGUCGAGUAUUGAAAAUGGGAAGAAUCCAAAUGUGACAAUGGACACAACACAUUGUUCACAAAUUGACAAUGAACAUGAGCCAGAUAAAUCCCUCGAAAUGGAACCGUUAAUGGUUAGUUUCUUGGAAAACACUGAACAAUUCGAUGUAGAAAUCGAAAAACUCUCUUCACGGGUUAGUUCUUUGGCAGUGACAACUGCCUUACCGAUUACUAUAAGCUCUGAAAGUAAUCCUCAUGAAAGAACUAAUCCUCAUGAAUUAAGUCGAAUUGUUUCCACUGAACAUCAAAGAAUGGGAAGUGGACAAAUCAAUUCCCCAGUUAAACUUCGGUCUGAGCUUAAAAAAGAGCCAAAUGUUUCUAUUUGCAUCUCCUCGUCCUCUGAUGACGAUGACUCUGAAAAUGAUGCUCCAAUAACAAUCUCUGAUUCAUCAGAAGAUGAGAAUGAGCAAAAACUAGAGCAAGAACAAGAAGAGGAACCAAAUGUCUCCUCAAUUGUUGUUGCUCCAAGUUCAUCACAAAAUAUGUGUACCGCAAAAGCUAAUCAGAUGGCAGCUUUUCUACGAGAUGUCCGAAGAAACUAUGGACUCUCGACAGACUCUUCCGAUCAGGAAUUUGAGAAAAGACAAAGAGAAAUAGCCACAGCGGAUACAGAACCUAUGACAGUCGAAAAUGACUCCCGAAGUGCGGGAACAGCUCAUAGAAUAGCGACAGCUGAUACUGAAUCAAUGACUGAGAGCCAAGAGAAGAAGGCAUCUCCUGACUCACAUCGUCGACUGGCUUUAGACGACACAGAAGACAUGACAAAGGCGAAUGAGUCAAUGGAGGAGAGUUCUCGUCAUUACAAUCCGGUUGUUAAAGUUGCACCGGAAUUGUUGGAUGAGAGUAUUCGGAAAUCAUCGGAUCCUAUUCCAGAUGAUUCGCUUACAAUUGCUGAGACCUCGUCUGAAGAAGAGGAGGAGAAAAGCGAUCAUGAGGAAGAGCCAGAGGCACCAUCGAGUGCUUUGAAGAGAAGUGAAUCCUUCUCACAAAUCCGAUCAAAAAACUCCUCUUCCCUAUCCAGUGGGGACACUCAAGUCCAAAUUAAUAUCUCAGCUAAAAUCAAUAUCAAAAUUCAAGUCUCUCAGCAAAUAGACCACUCCAGCUCCUCCGAGUUUUUGACAGAUUCAUAUGAAUCUAAUGACAAAUCGACGACAAGUCAAUCGAUUGAAGAACAACGGACACAUAGUAUGGCUCAAAAAGCUAGUAGAAAUGAGAGUAGAGCUAUUGAAGAUAUUCCACAUUCUCCACCGGAGCGAGAUGUUGCUGAGAAGCCAUUAGAAAAUAAUAGAGAUUCGAUAGAGUUUAUUGAUAAAGCACAACAAUUAUUAAAUGAAUUGUAUGGUGAUCAAUGGAUGACACCACAAGUUUUGAAAUCAUUGAAGAAAGUUGCAAUUACAUCACCUAAAGGAGUUGGUGCAAGGCCGGCAACAGCUAAGAAAACUUUGGUGAAAACAAAGGAAAAGAUUGUUGAGGCAGAAAAACCAAAUGAGUUGAAAUCUAGAAAUUCUGGGACGGAAUUGCAAAAGUCGAAGGUAGAAUCGACGAAAUCUAUUUUGGAACCAAGUGACGAAAGUGUUUUGGCUGACUUUUCCAUUUUUCGAAGAAAUAUUCCCCAAGAUUUGGAUUCAACACGUUUACCCUUGACAUCUCAACCAAACUUUAAAGCUCCAAAUGAAAUGACCCCUUUUUCAAAACCGACUCGCAAACAGCAAAAAUUAACCAUCCCACCAUCUAAACCAGAGUCAGUUGAAGUGACCAAAACAAGAAGUGGCCGGGAAGUGCGUCAAAAUUGGCGAAAAAUUGUUGACAGCGAUACAGAAUCCGAGGGAGAAAACGCCUCCGGAGACUCUGAAGGAUCUUGGAAAAAGUCUGAUAAAAAAGAAGACAUCGAGAAUAAAAAGCCACAAACAAGUCGUGUGAGAACAAAACGAAAUGCUUUAUCUAGUUUGAAAAAUGACGAUGAGUUAGUGUACUUGGAUUUGAGUAAAGGAGAAGUGGAGAUACAACAUAAUGUUUCUGCAAGUCCUCCAGCGAAUAGUGAUGAAUGUUUCAAAAAUCGUCUUCAAGAAAUCCUUGCAUCUUGCAAAUAUGAAGACAAACCGAAACUCGCAACACCAGGAAGUAAAUCUAAACGAAAGCUAUUCUCGGCGCAAGUUAACGAAGAUUUUGACAAUAUCGUUGCUCCAUUUGAUUCGCCCAAAGUGCAAACUAUUGACCUUGAUGAUGAAAGUGUCUCGAUUUCAGGAGCUCGUAUGCCUGCAAGAUUUGAACCUUUUAAUAAAUAUUUGGAGUCGGUGAAAAGAGGUAAACCUAUUUUUAAAAUCCAAACGCCAAAAGCAAAUCGAGAAGAAAAAACAACUGAAGCAGCUUCAACUCCCACAAAAACACCCAAAUCAGCUAAGAAAGAAUUGCGGGUGAUUGGAGACAUAAGUGAGACGCCACGAGAUAAAUAUGGAUUUUUAAGAUCAUUAGAUCUUUGUGUGGGAAAAUCAAAUUGCCAUCCAGAUGCACUUUAUUACAGAGAUAAUUUUAGACUGAAAAAGGAAGAACUUGCGACUAAGCUGUAUGAGAUUUACAAUAAUAAGUGUUUCAAUAAUACAAUUGAUGUUCCUCUGGUGUGGAACAAAAAACUUACCAACACGGCUGGCCGUUGUAUGAAUAAAAAAAGACUGGGUGAACGAACUUGUGUUGUAGAACUAAGUGACAAAGUACUGACGAGUGCCGAUCGAUUGCGGUGUACUCUAAUUCAUGAACUCUGUCAUGCAGCCACAUGGAUUUUAAAUGGAGAAAGUGGUCAUGGUGCAACUUGGAAAGCGUGGGCCCGCAAAGCAAAUCAUAUAUUCCCCGAAUUGCCCAAGAUCGGAGUAUGCCAUCAAUAUGAUAUCGAAUACAAAUAUACAUACAAAUGUUCUCUCUGUGGAGCAAAAUCCCAUGCUCAUUCCAAGUCGAAGAAAGUUGAAAACAUUCGCUGUUCUUAUUGCCAUGGAGCCAUUGAAGUUUAUUUAAACAAAAAAGACAAAGAAGGCAAUGUAAUGAUGACACCAGUAAAGGAACCAACUGGCUUUGCAAAGUUUGUCAAGGACAAAUACAAGGAUUUCAAACGACCCGAUCUCAAACACGCCGAUGUUAUGAAAUUGCUUAGCAAUGAAUUUGCUUCAAUGAAAGUUGAUGGUAAAUCAUAGAAUAAAAUCUAAUCAACGGCUUAGUUUUUAAUUUUAUAUUUUUGUACAUUAUACUUUAAUUUUAUUUUUUGGAAAUUAUAUUUAAUCAAAGACAAACAAAAAAAUGUAGGUGCAAUUAAAGGCAUUUUAUUUUUAUAAGACAAAUAUAAUAAAAAAUAUAAAUACUUUACAAAAUAUUUUACUAU